ACAUAUACAUAGCGAAAUCAAUAUUCUAACCAAACAUAUAAAAAACUCUUAUUUCUUUUUCUUUCUUUUACUUUUCCAUUUCAUUUUCUUUUCUUUCACUUCACCUCAAACCAAACACAGCCUCCAAAGUCCAACCGCACCUUGCAGCCGCCGCCACCCGGCAGCCCACUUCGUCCAACCGCACCUUGCAGCCGCACCAAGCAGUCUUAACGGUUCAUCCCCAAACCCUCGCUGAGAACGUUGCCAUCUCCUUGCGAUUCUCCUUCCAAUUUCUGCUAUGGCGGCCUACGUUCCCGCUUUUUCUUUAACUUUGCAUCCAAUGAAAUCGGCGGCGGCGCAUAAUAGCAAGCUACACAGCUACAGAAGCAGCGACAACAGGAUGAUGAUGACGAUGACGAGGUUGACGGCGAUGCCUCCAUCGUCGUCGUCGUCUUUGUCAGCAGCAGCAGCAGCAAGAGAUAAUGUCAGCAUGAUUUCCAAUCUCUCAUUCGCUCAAUCCUCAUUCAAAGAGUUGAUUGAGACGCUUAUACAUGGAGUGGACCUCUCGGAGGAAGAGGCCGAGGCAUCCCUUGACCUCCUUCUGAAUGAGGCCAACGAGGCCCUCAUCAGUGCCUUUCUUGUUCUCUUGAGAGCCAAAGGUGAAACCUUUGAGGAGAUAGUGGGACUGGCAAGGGCCAUGAUCAAAUGUUGCAGGAAAGUUGAAGGUCUGUCGGAUUUGGUGGACAUUGUGGGAACAGGAGGUGAUGGAGCUAACACCGUUAACAUUUCCACUGCUGCAGCAAUCCUCACUGCUGCAGCUGGGGCAAAAGUUGCAAAGCAAGGAAACCGUUCGAGUUCUUCUGCAUGUGGCAGUGCUGAUGUGCUCGAAACUUUGGGUGUCAGCAUUGAUUUGGGCCCUGAGGAUGUGAGAAGAUGUGUGGAGGAAGCAGGGAUAGGUUUCAUGAUGUCUCCAAUAUAUCAUCCAGCAAUGAAAAUUGUCAGUCCAGUGAGGAAGAAGCUCAAAGUGAAGACAGUCUUCAACGUUCUAGGUCCUUUGUUGAAUCCGGCAAGAGUACCCUAUGCUGUUGUUGGUGUUUACAAUGAAGAUAUAGUAAUGAAGAUGGCUAAAGCAUUGCAACGAUUUGGGAUGGAAAGAGCAUUGGUAGUUCAUUCAGAGGGUUUAGAUGAAAUAAGUCCACUUGGACCCGGAUAUCUCCUUGAUGUGACACCAACAAAGAUUGACAAGUUCCAUUUUGAUCCAUUGGACUUUGGUAUUCCUCGCUGCACCCUUCCAAGCCUAAAAGGAGGAGGUCCAGAAUUCAAUGCCAGAGUUCUUAGGAACGUACUUUCUGGUGAAAAAGGAUCAAUUGCAGAUGCUAUUGUGCUGAAUGCUGCAGCGGCUCUUUUGGUGAGCGGCCGAGCGGGCAGCUUGGCCGAAGGGGUGAAACUGAAGCAAGGAGCUGCCGCAGGUCUGGGUGCUGCUUGA